AUGGAAAGCAAUAUAAGAGAACAACGCAUAUGUGGCCUACUCGGUGGGUUGACUUAUGUUUCAACAAUUGAUUAUUAUAAUUAUAUCAACCGCAUGGUGAACGAAGCAUUGCCAGGUCAUGGCAGUUGCAUUCACAUUGUGUCUCUGAAUGUUUUCUAUUAUGUCAAACUACUCGAACAAAAUGAAUGGUCCAAAGCUAUUGACUAUCUUAUGGAAGGUGUUCAUCAGCUAGUCAAUAGUGGUAUCGAUUUUCUGAUCCUUGGCUCAAACACAUCUCAUAUUGCUGUACCAAGGAUUACUGAAUGUUAUCCAGAUUUGGUUGUUCUGCACAUCGGUGAUACUGUUGCCUUUAGUAUAAAACAGAAAAAAAUUCACAAAAUUGGAUUUUUGGGUACAUGUUUUGCGAUGAAAUUCGAUAGUCAAGUUGUUCAACGUUUGAUUGAGCACGGACUGGAGGUGAUUUUUCCAGACGAAGAAGAGAUGGUGCGAUUGAAUGAUAUUAUUAUGAAUGAAUUAUCAUUCAAUAUAGUCACUGAAGAAUCGAAAAAAACUUUUUUAAAAGUAAUUCAACGUUUGAACGAUGAACAGAAUAUCGAGGGUAUUGUUCUCGGUUGUACUGAAAUACCAGUGCUUAUCAAGCAAAAUGACAUACCUCAUGUUCUUCUCUUUGAUUCAACACAACUUCAUGCGCAACUAGCAGUGGACUAUCAACUCGGUCGACAAAGUAUCAAAGCCGUUUUGCCAUAG